AUGGAUUACGUACAAUGGACCAAUGAGACAUCCAUCACAACGUUCAUCUUUCUGGGAUUCCAAAGUCUGCACCAGUUUCAGCUUCUGCUAUUUCUGCUGUUUUUAGUGGUCUACAUUGCAACAGUAGCUGGCAACCUUCUCAUUGUGACUCUAGUAGCGGCCGAUCGCCACCUUCACACCCCCAUGUACUUCUUCCUAGCCAACCUCUCUGUCUUGGAAACUCUCUAUAGCUCAGUUAUCACUCCCAGGCUGUUGUCUGAUUGCCUGUCAAAAAGUAGGACAAUUUCCCUCGGUGGCUGCAUCACGCAAUUAUUAUUGUACAGCAGCUUGGCUUGCAUUGAAUGUUUCCUUCUUGCAAUCAUGGCGCUUGACCGCUACCUAGCCAUAUGCAAACCGCUCAGCUACCAGGUCAUUAUGAACUUCAAAGUUUGUCUCCAGCUAGUCACGGCCUCCUGGCUUAUUGGCCUUUCUGUCUCUUCCUUGGUGGUUGGAAUGGUGUCGAAAUUACAUUUCUGUGGCCCCAACGAAAUUGACCAUUUUAUUUGUGACAUGAACCAGCUCACAAAACUCUCCUGCAAGAAAAGUAUCCUGGCAGAGAGGACAGUCCUCGUCUCCUGCUCCAUCGUGACCUUGGGACCAUUUGUGCUCAUCGUCGUCUCAUACGUGUACAUCCUGGCAGCCAUUUUGAGAAUCGCCUCCUCCUCAGGGAGGCAAAAGGCCUUCUCGACAUGCGCGUCACACCUUGUGGUGGUGAGCUUGUAUUAUGGAACCAUUGUUAUCAUGUAUGUGGUACCAACCAAAAACCAGUCGCCAGCUUUCCAGAAAGCGAUAUCCCUUUUGUACACAGUCAUCACUCCGCUGUUUAAUCCUAUCAUCUACAGCCUGCGGAACCAAGAAGUCCAAGGGGCCUUCAAGAAACUUUUGCUGCAUAAUUUAGGCAUGAAAUAA